CACCUAACCUGAGCCUACACCAGGGGAAGAGCAGACCAGAACACACACUGGACAUGGCCUCUCAGACCCACAUGCAAGCCCCAGUGUGCCUCAUUGAGAACACUGAAGGGCAGCUGAAGGUGAAUCAGGAAGCUCUGAAGAUCCUGUCUGCUGUCACCCAGCCUGUUGUAGUGGUUGCCAUCGUGGGCCUCUACCACACAGGCAAAUCCUACCUGAUGAACAAGCUGGCUGGAGAGAAAGAGGGCUUCUCUCUGGGAUCCACAGCGCAGGCUCACACCAAAGGAAUCUGGAUGUGGUGUGUGCCUCAUCCCAAGAAGCCAAACCAGACUCUAGUUCUGCUUGACACCGAGGGCCUGGGAGAUGUUGAGAAAGGUGACAAUCAGAAUGACUCCCAGAUCUUCACUCUGGCCAUACUUCUGAGCAGCACCUUUGUGUAUAACAGCAUGGGAGCCAUCAACCAGCAGGCCAUGGACCAACUGCACUAUGUGACUGGACUGACAGACCGAAUCAGAGCAAAGUCCGCACCCAACACAAGUGAAGUUCAAAACUCAGCUGACUUUGUGAGCUUCUUCCCAGACUUUGUGUGGACACUGAGAGAUUUCUCCCUACUAUUAGAAAAAGAUGGAGGUUCCAUCUCUCCAGACAUCUACCUUGAGAAUUCCCUGAAGCUAAAGCAAGGUACUGAUGAGAAACUUAAAAAUUAUAAUCUCCCCCGACUCUGCAUCCGAGAGUUCUUCCCAAAGAGGAAAUGCUUUAUCUUCGAUAGACCCACUCAUGGAAAGCAGCUGGCCCAGCUCGAAACACUGCAUAAUGUUAAGCAGGAUUCUGAAUUCGUGGAGCAAGUUGCAGAAUUCUGUUCUUACAUCUUCAGCUAUUCCAGGACUAAAACUCUUCCAGGAGGCAUCCAGGUCAAUGGACCUUAUCUAGAGAGCCUGGUGCAGACCUAUGUCACUGCCAUCAGCAGUGGGGAUCUGCCCUGCAUGGAGAAAACAGUCCAGGCCUUGGCCCAGACAGAGAACUCAGCUGCAAUGAGGACAGCCUUAGAACACUAUGACCAGCAGAUGGGCCAGAAGGUGCAGCUGCCCACAGACACACUUCAGGAGCUGCUGGACCUGCACAGGGCCUGUGAGAGGGAGGCCAUUCAGAUCUUCAUCAACCAUUCUUUCAAAGAUGUUGACCAAGAAUGUCAAAAGCAAUUGGCAGCCCAGCUAGAAAAAAGGCGAGAUGACUUUUGUGAACAGAAUAUGGAAGCAUCUUCAAAUCACUGUUUAGCUUUACUUCAGGAUAUUUUCAGUCCCCUAGAAGCAGAGGUGAAUCAAGGAACUUAUUCUAAACCAGGGGGCUACCGUCUCCUUAUUCAGAAGGUACAAAACCUGAAGAAAAAGUACCAAGAAGAACCCAGGAAGGGGAUACAGGCUGAAGAGGUUCUGCAGGAAUAUUUGCAGUCCAAGGAGGAUGUGAGUCUGGUCAUUCUAUGGGCAGACAAAACUCUCAAAGAGAAAGAAAAGAAAUUCGAAGUGGAACGUGUGAAAGCUGAAUCUGAAGAGGCUGCUGCAAAAAUGCAGGAGGAAAGGCAAAAGAGGAAUCAGGAGAUGCGAGAGCAGAAAGAGAAGAGCCAUCAGGAGCAUAUCAACCAGCUGACUAAGACGAAGGCAAAGGAGAGGGCCCAGCUGCUAAAAGAGCAAAUGGAGACUCUAGAUGUUAAACUCCAGGAACAAGCCAAACUACUAAGAGAAGGAUUCUCAAAUGAAAGCAGACAACUUCAAAAUGAGAUACAGAAUCUCAGAGCAGGCAUGGAAAAUUCGGGUGAUAUAUGUGUCAUGCCCUAAAGACCUAAAGAAUAAAGCACAG